GAAUAGUAGCAGAUUGCUACUAGUUUAGAAGUGUCUCCAUUUACAGUGCAUUUAAAAGUUUAAAAGCCCUGACUGUUUUCUGAAAAUUAUUUACAUUCUAAGAAGAAAAACUUCCAUGAGCAUUUGUUUUUGAGAACAGUAAAUAUAGUUUACAAAUUUUCUGUUAGUUCAUUGAACUAAUAAAUUUAAAUAAAGGAAACAGCCAAGUGUAUUAGGUCAGGUUCCCUAAAGCAUAGAAUAUCUCACCUGUAUGAAUAAACCUUAUUUGCCAAUCAGGUCCUCAGUGGUUUUCUUGUUGUAAAACCUCUUUACACUUCAGCAAUUCUCAUAUCAGAUGAUACCUCAUUUUAGCCUAAGGAGACUUUCUUCCUCUGCUAAGUUUUUCCCUUAUUUGUGAGAUUUUACAACAUGAGGUACUUCUUUUUAAAAGCCUCAGUGAUCACAAACAAAGGCAGUAGCACAGAAGCUUAUUAUUGAUUCAGAUUGAUAAAAUCUCUCCAUUUAUGGAAAGAAGAAAACUAACUGCAAAAUACCCAGCUAAACAAAAUUGAAUAUACACUCAGAAAGAAUCCACGUGAGUCUAACCCACACCAUGCUACAUUUAUGCCUUCUUCGGUUUUGUUUUGUCAAUGUGCAUCUGGAAAAGCAUGUCUCCAACCAUCAGGUCCAUUCCUCUCCUUUUCCAUGCACCAUGUAAUAUCCUGGCAUAAACAUUCACAAGUGAGGAAUGCCCCAAGAAUUACCUUGCUGCAGGAGUAUUUCUCUGAGUGGCAGUUUUCCCUUUGGCACCUCUCUGCUCCACAAAGCAGUCAUGGUUCUGAUGCCCCUCAAGCCCCUAUGUCACCUUCUGAGAUGGCUUAGCAACAGAUGGGAUGUUCGCUAUGGAUAGGAUCCAGAUCUUAUCCAUCCAGUCUGUUAGUCUGCCUCCUGAUCCAGCCACACAGGACCUGAGUAGUUCAAAGAUUAUGGAGGAGGAUUUUACUUCCUGACAGCAGCAGGAAACAAUAAAUCAUCACUUUGCCUGUUGUUUCCUAGAAAAAAGAAAAAGUUGAACAAGCAGCUGUGGAAACACACUCCCCUAUUCAUAUAGACUCAGUCUUCUACAUAAUUCUUUGUUGUUUCUCUACUUAAUGAUCUGCACAACACAAAUGUCAGCAUUUCUCUGCUCCUCACAGGAAACACGAUCAUGUACGCCGAGCUGCGUGUGAAGCCAAAACCCAAAGGCAACAGCAGACCAGAGACUUCCUCUUCCGGCUGUCAACACAGGUGGUCAGCCUGGUUCUAUGUGUCACUGGUCCUGGGAGUCCUUGUGCUCAUUCUGCUCGGAAUCAUAGCCACACAAGCCAAGCAAUUUUUGAAGGGCAGAGUAGGAAAAUCAGAGGGUUUGUCCCAGUAUAGUCUGAAUAGCAGCGGCAAUCACAUUUCUUCAGAGAAGACCUUCCCCGGAGUGCUCCUGAAAUGGCUCAUGGAGGAACUGUGUGAAGAUGGACAGGGAACUACAUGUGAGUUCUGUCCUCCCAGGUGGCAGCUGCACAGGUGCAGAUGUUACUACUUCUCUAAGGAGGCUAGAAGCUGGGAUGACAGCUAGAAAAAGUGUCUGGCCAGGAAAUCCCAGCUUCUUGUCAUUGAAGAUGAAAUUGAGAUGGAAUUUAUAGACAAUAAAGAGAAAGAUCCCAAAUAUAUCUGGAUUGUGUUGAAGACUCAAGACAAGAAGAAACAAUGGAGUUCAGUUGGAGAUCAUGGAGUAAAAGUAAACAGCAGGAGAGCUCUAAAGAGAAUUGAGACCAACAAGAACUGUGCUGUUUACAGAAGGAAAAAUGUGAUCCAAGCAGACAACUGUCAGACAUUGAAAAAGUGGAUCUGUAAGAAGAACGCAACUUUGCUGGAGCUCUGAGCCAAAUUUCCAGACAACAGGCAGUUUUCUGUCAGAAGACCCAUUUUACUGACAAACCAACUUGCAAUGUAAAUAAUUUUAAUGAGACUUGUGUGGAAUAUUGCUGUUUUGUGCUCCCUAAGAAGUCAGAAGUUGCCAGGUGUCAGCGGUGACAGGUCACAGGACUGCAAGUUGGCACCUGUAGAUUUGGGGGUGCUGAGCCUUCAUAUGGACAGACUUUGGAAGCAGCUGCCUCUAGGAAAGGGCAGAGAGGAAGGAUGAAGAUGAGCACUGUGCAGGUGAGCUGUGUGAUGUGCAGGAAAAGUGGCAUCUGCAGGGGCUGAAGAGUGUGCUGGAGCCCACUGCUGUCAUACACGUCCCUCAGGCAGCUGCUGAGCUCAGGACUUGUUAUUUGGGUUUCAGCAUUUUAGUGUUUUCU